AGGAGUCUAAGUUUAGAUCACUCGUGGAGCGCAUUGGCUCUCUGCGUGUCCGUUUAGGUGACGGACAGUCACAAGUCACCUGCUGUGCAUGCGAAAUUUUACAGGGACGGAUUAAAAAUAUCGAAGUACUUAAGCUUACUGAAGCUAUACGUUCACGUUUUAUCAAAACAAUAAGGAAUUUUGGGCAUUCUGAAUCCAGUUUCAUUGAAAUCAGAACAAUUGCGCUUGUUUGUGGCGAAGUUUUGAGGAAAGCCGCGGUGUAUACUGGUGACUGUAGCCGGGUCUCGAAGUGACCAACCAAGGGAGGAGUUUCACGAUGGCUGGGCAGGCUUCCCUUGAACACUACAAGGCAGGGAUGUUACUGAGCGGCGUGGGGGACGCCCUGGGCUACCGGAACCAGCUGUGGGAGUACAACGAAUCGGGGCCCGCCAUUCACCAGGAGCUGCAGGAGAUGGGUGGCCUCCAGGACAUUUCUGUUGAGCUUCCUGAUUGGCCGGUCAGUGAUGACACCGUCUUGCACCUAGCAACUGCAGAGGCUCUUGCAAGUGGAAAGAAGGGGGAAGAGCUCCUGCAUGAGGUUGCGUUCCGCUAUAUAGAAGGCAUGAAAGACAUGGAUGGCAGGAAGCCUGGACCUUCAAGUGUCUGGGGGGUGUCCCAGUUGAGACCAGGUGCUGCAGGGGGGUACAGAGUGCCCUAUAACCCCGAGGGAACUGGCUGUGGGGCUGCCAUGAGGUCUAUGUGUAUUGGUCUUAGGUACCCACACCCAGAGCAGCUCUCAACUUUAGUCUCUGUUGCCGUAGAAACUGGAAGGAUGACUCACCCACAUCCCACCGGCUUCCUCGGAGCGAUAGCAUCUGCCCUCUUCACUUCAUAUGCCGUCCAGCGCCGGCCAAUCAUGAGCUGGGGGCUGGGGCUGGUGAAUGAGGCCUGCCCCAUUGCCAGGAGUUUCAUCCAGUCACAGAACUACGCUGUGGAGGAGACCGAGAGGGACUGGGGCUACUUCACAGAGAAGUGGAAAUGGUACCUGGCAGAAAGAGGCCUGUUGUCUGGAGUGGGACCCAUCUUCUGGCCUAAUCCCUAUGGACCUGAAGAGAGGGACCUGGCCUAUAAGAGCUUCAGCCUGGCUGGUUGGGCAGGCCGCAGUGGGCAUGAUGCACCAAUGAUUGCACUGGAUGCCCUGCUGGGGGCAGGGUCCGACUGGGCCGAGCUCAUGAGUCGUGCGGGUUUUCAUGGAGGUGACAGUGACAGUACUGCCGUGAUCGCCUGCUGCUGCUGGGGACUGUUGCACGGCACUGAGGGGGUCCCCGAGAGCAACUACAGCAAGCUGGAGUACAGGGAGAGGCUGGAGAGCAGUGCAGAGAGGCUGUACGCGCUGUCGCAUUGAGAGCAGAGGCGCACAAAGGCCCCACCCAGGUCCUGGGCUCGCUGAAGGAGUGAUAAACUACAGAAAGCUGAUGACUUACCGUGACGAUCUGCGAAUAAUCACACUUAACAAUUUACAAUGUGUUUUUGUAGUAUAAUGUAAUUAUUUUACAAAAAGACAUUUUUGAUUAAUACUGUUAAUAUUAUUACUUGAUUAAUAUUAUUUGUUGCUUUUCUAGUUGUUAAAGUCAGAUAAAGCAUCACAACCAUGUACAAAUCUCAAUAAUGUGCAGGAAAUGAAAGGUGUUGAUUUGUAAAUGUAAUGUGCACAUGUUUUAUUAACCAUCUGUAUCAAUAAUAAACUACAGUAUUAGAUGCUGA